AUGUCGAGAAACAUUACCUCCCAGCUACUCGACCUUGAGUUACCGACUAGCGUCAAGCUAUCUCCAGACGGCCAAUCCGUCGUGUAUUCGGCAAAAUCAAAUUGGAAAAAGGACGAUCACAUUUCGUCCAUAUGGAUUGGCGAGAUAAAUUCACCAAAAUCGGCAUAUAAGCUUUUAGAUGGCACCUUCAACGACUACGAACCGCGAUGGGCUCCAGAUGGCCAGUCCAUUGCAUUUCUUUCCGAUCGUGGAGCUCGUGGAAAAUCGUGUGCUAUAUAUACGCAUCACUUGAAUAGUUCUCAGGAACCAAAGGCACUCACUGCAGCCACAAAUACCCAAACGAUCGCGAAAUUUGAAUUCAGUCCCGACGGAAACUUCAUCGCUUUUCUUGUUCCUUCAGAGGAAGAAAAAAACCCUGUUGUCCAUGUCUGGAAUGAAAAUUGGAUAUACACUAAUUUAAAACUACUUGAUGUCAGGAGUGGUGACAUCAGACUCAUCUCGGCGAAUUCGUUGCAUGUGGUCGAUUUCUCUUGGAGUGAAGAUGGAAGUCAGAUAGCUUACGCCACUCACCGCUCUCCAGAUAUCGAAAGUGAAUGGCUUCAUGGAACCAGUAUCUGGACAACUGAGAUUGUGGAUACUGAUGUGCAGUCUCGCAAAGUCUGUCAUAUACCACGCGAAGUAGUUGACAUCAACUGGCUCAAUUCCGAGCUGUACUUCAUAGGUUUUAGUACCUUGACAGAUGAUAAUUCGGCAAGAUCUGUUUACUACAUUGAUAUGCAGGAUCCAGAAGGUCGGAUAAUCAAAGCUGCACAUGGCGAUGAUGACUGUGCGGAAGGUCUGCGAAGGGUUGGAAGUAAGCUGCUGGUGUAUGUGCAAAAAGGAAUGGAGGACCAGCUGAGACUACUCGACUCCGAUAUCAUAUACAAGGAAAAGAAGUGUAUCUUGGCAUUUGACGCGAUUAUGGACACUGCUGGAAAAAUCUGGGUAGCAUUCGUGCAGGGUAGCGUUAACCGACCACAAGAGGUUUUCGAAUUCUUACCUGCAGGGGAACUGAUUCAACUCUCUGACCACGGUAGAGCAUGGACGACUGACUUUUGUACCCGAAAGUUCAUUGAAUGCCCAACACUGGAUGGUAGUGAGAAAAUUGAGGGCAUGUUUAUCAGUCCCAUUGCCAAAGCUGGCCAGAAGAUGCCAACCGUCGUGCUCCUCCACGGAGGUCCCUACUUGCGUGUCACUGAUUCCUUCGACUUUUUGAACCAUUUUUUCAUGCCUCGAUUGUUACUCGAGGGAUUUGGAAUCCUCCUCCCUAAUUACCGUGGAAGCUGCGGUCGUGGUGAUAAGUUUGCAAGAUAUACGACGGCCGGUGUGGGUGUUUAUGAUGCUCCAGACAUCAUAGCUAUGACACAGCACGCCAUUAAUCUGGAUCUUGCGGAUCCAUCCCGACUGCUCGUGGCUGGAAAGUCUCAAGGUGGAUUUUUGUCGUAUUUACUGUCCGUACGUAACGGUGCACAUGGCCUGGGGUGGCAUUUUAAAGCAGCUAUUGCCACUGCAGGUGUUACGGACUGGGACGCAAUGGCCAUGUCAUCAGAUAUAGGGUACAUUGAGGCUGGUAUGGCAGGRGGAGCACCGUGGAGACUUAGCAAAAGCGAUGUAAAAACCCGCUCUGGUUCGGCCUUAUGGGAAUUCCGCGAUGCAGCAGAGAAAGAACGGAUACCUCCAAUUUUGUUGAUACAUGGCGAAAACGAUAUCCGUGUUCCAGUCUCCCAGGCUAUAGGUUUCAGACGUGCCUUAGAAGAAGCAGGUUUAGAAUUUCAGUGCGCAAUAUACCGCGGUGAAGGACACUAUUUCCAGAAACGAGCGAGUGCUGAGGAUCUAGUGGAAAGGAUUGUGCGGUUUAUUACAAAAUAUCUUGUCUAA